CAGCCCUCCCCCCGCCCCGCCUUUGUCCCUUUCCCACCGCCCCAAACCCCAACCGGCGACGAGCCUUAUCCCGCACCAUAAAUAACCUCCCCCCUGCCUCUCGCGCCCGGACUCCCUCUCCCUCUCCCUCUGCCUCGCCGCCCCCCUUCCUUGUCCUCCUGCUCCGUGCAGUCUUCCUCCCGCGCUUAUUGGUUAAACUUAAAUCAGAGUUGACAAGAAUUUAUCAAGAGUUGAUUCGUUAUGGAUACUGGCUGUCUGUCAUCUAUGAACAUAACUGGAGCUAACCAAGUAAGAUCUUUCGUGGGACAACUUCAUAUACAAAGAGGGUUCACAAGUAGCAGCGUCCAAACACUUAAAGGUAGCCGCCGUGCGAGCUUUAGCUUGAAAACUCCUGUCUUAAGGAAUAAAGGAAAAGGAUUGCGUCGUGGACCUGGUGUUCUACAGGUUGUUUGCCAGGAUUUUCCAAGACCUCCACUGGAAAGCACAAUCAACUAUUUGGAAGCUGGACAGCUCUCUUCAUCUUUUCGGAGCAGCGAACGCCCCAGUAAACCAUUACAGGUCGUGAUUGCUGGUGCAGGAUUGGCUGGUUUAUCGACUGCAAAGUAUCUGGCAGAUGCUGGCCAUAAACCCAUAUUGCUUGAGGCAAGAGAUGUUUUGGGUGGAAAGAUAGCUGCUUGGAAGGAUGAAGAUGGCGAUUGGUACGAGACUGGCCUUCAUAUUUUUUUUGGAGCUUAUCCCAACAUACAGAAUUUGUUUGGCGAGCUUGGUAUUAAUGACCGCUUGCAAUGGAAGGAACACUCGAUGAUAUUUGCCAUGCCGAACAAGCCAGGAGAAUACAGCCGUUUUGAUUUCCCAGAAACUUUGCCAGCACCCUUAAAUGGAGUAUGGGCCAUCCUGAGAAACAAUGAAAUGCUUACUUGGCCGGAGAAGGUGAAGUUUGCUAUAGGACUUUUGCCAGCAAUGCUUGGUGGCCAAGCUUAUGUUGAAGCUCAAGAUGGCCUAACUGUUUCAGAGUGGAUGGAAAAGCAGGGUGUUCCUGAUCGAGUCAACGAUGAGGUUUUUAUUGCAAUGUCCAAGGCGCUCAAUUUCAUAAACCCUGAUGAGUUAUCUAUGCAGUGCAUUCUGAUUGCUCUAAACCGAUUUCUCCAGGAGAAGCAUGGUUCCAAAAUGGCAUUUUUGGAUGGUAAUCCUCCUGAAAGGCUAUGCAUGCCUAUUGUUAACCAUAUUCAGUCUUUGGGUGGUGAGGUCCGCCUGAAUUCUCGUAUUCAGAAAAUAGAACUGAAUCCUGACAGAACUGUGAAGCACUUUGUACUUAGCGAUGGGUCUAACAUAACUGGAGAUGCUUAUGUUUUUGCAGCACCAGUUGACAUCUUCAAACUUCUUGUACCGCAAGAGUGGAAAGAGAUCUCUUAUUUCAAGAAGCUGGAUAAGUUAGUGGGAGUCCCUGUCAUCAAUGUUCAUAUAUGGUUUGACAGAAAACUGAAAAACACGUACGACCACCUUCUUUUCAGCAGGAGUUCACUUUUAAGCGUUUAUGCAGACAUGUCUGUAGCGUGCAAGGAGUACUAUGAUCCAGACCGUUCAAUGCUGGAGUUGGUCUUUGCUCCAGCAGAGGAAUGGAUUGGACGGAGUGACAAUGAAAUCAUUGAAGCAACUAUGCAAGAGCUAGCCAAGUUAUUUCCUGAUGAAAUUGCUGCUGAUCAGAGUAAAGCAAAGAUUCUUAAAUAUCAUGUUGUAAAGACACCGAGAUCUGUAUACAAAACAGUCCCAGAUUGUGAACCUUGUCGACCUCUGCAACGAUCACCGAUUGAAGGGUUCUAUCUGGCUGGUGACUACACAAAACAGAAAUACUUGGCUUCUAUGGAGGGUGCAGUUUUAUCUGGGAAGCUUUGUGCUCAGUCCAUAGUGCAGGAUUCUAAAAUGCUGUCUCGUAGGAGCCAGAAAAGCCUGCAAGCCGAAGUUCCUGUUGCUUCCUAGUUGUAGUUCGUGAGCACUAUUCCUUAGCACAUUUUAUGGUAUUUUCACAUUGUUGUAGAGUUGAAAAUUGGCUGACCAGAGAACCCGGGAAAAAUGAAGUUUGUAAAACGACCAGCAUAGCAACUCCUGUACCUUUGAUGUGAUAAAGUAAAGGUUCUUCCAUGAACUUGGGAACUUCCAAUUUUGAUUCAGUUAAACUCAACAGCAACUACCAACUGGUUGCUUGUUCUGUUACUUGGACUUGUAUAUAACAUUAAAACAAAAGGUUUGUAUCAGAAAAGGAGAAAAAAUCACGGAUAAGA